AUGAAAUGGGAGGGCAAAUUUUGGGGUACAACACAUUCGAUCCAUCUUCUAUGGUCUUCGGUUCAAGGUACACUAUGCUUUAUCUCGGACUCACGUCCGUCUUCGACAAACUCAGACGUAAUACCGUCAUGCCAAGCUUCGUCGGCCGCGAAUCCAUCGUAUAAACACUCGACCUCUAUCUCCUUCACGAUACUCUUCAACCUCUCCGUCUCAAUCUGUCAGCAUUCUUCAUCCUCAUCAACUCUCAAUUUCAGUCAAUUUUAUACCUCACGAUUGUUCAACAUAUCUUCACUUGUGAUAGUGGUUGCAACAAGAACCAAAGAUAAGUACCUAGGGAUUCAGAUUGAUGAAGAUCCGAUGGUUGAAAUUGAGUGGAGUUGUAAAUGCCUAGUUGUUCUUGAUUCAGAAGAUGAUGGAGCUUGA